AUGGCCAAGGACAGAAGCGAAAAGAAGGAGAAGAAGGAGAAGCGCAAGAGCGUCGACGCAUCCGGCGUCAAGAAGGAGAAGAAGGAGAAGCGCAAGAGCGACGCUACCGCCGUGCUCAACGCCAUUGAGGACGCCGCCCCCGGCGCCGUCGCUGUCGAUGCCGACGGUGAUGUUAUCGUCGAUGCCGACGUUGUUGCCGACGAGUCAUCCGCCUCGAUUCCCCUCGGCGCUCUGGUUCCUUUCGCCAACCCUCUGUGCGACGAGAAGGCCACCAAGAAGGUCCUCAAGACCGUUAAGAAGGCCGCAAAGCAAAAGUGCCUUAAGCGUGGUGUAAAAGAGGUCGUCAAGGCCGUCCGCAAGACCACACCCGCCGACCCUGCCACAGCUCAGGUCGCAGCACCAGCAAUUGUCAUCCUUGCCGCCGACAUCAGCCCCAUGGACGUCAUCUCCCACAUCCCCGUCCUCUGCGAGGACCACAACAUCCCCUACGUCUUCCUUCCGUCGCGCGCCGAGCUCGGUGCUGCCGGCAGCACCAAGCGCCCCACUUCCGUCGUCAUGGUCACCCCUACCGCCGGCAAGAAGGGUGAGGAGAAGGAUGACGAGUGGGACGAGGCUUACAAGGAGCUCAACAAGUUGGUCGUCAAGCAGGGCCAGCACGUCAAGGUUUAG